AUGACAGAGAAGCCCAUGCUUCACUACUUCAAUACACGAGGCAGCAUGGAGUCCGUCCAGUGGAUCCUGGCUGCAGCUCGAGUGGAAUUUGAAGAAAAAUUCGUAGAAACUACCGAAGACUUGGGAAAGUUAAAAAAUGGUGGGAGUUUGAUGUUCCGGCAAGUCCCAAUGGUUGAAAUUGAUGGGAUGAAUCUGGUGCAGACCAGAGCCAUCCUCAACUACACGUCCUCCAAAUACAACCUCUAUGGCAACGACACAAAGGAGAAAGCCCUCAUUGAUAUGUGUAUAGAAGAACUAGCAAACUGGAACAUGAUCUUUCCUUUGUAUGUGUAUCUACCUGAGUAAAAAGAUGAGGAGAUGGCCCUGGUCAAAGAGAGAAUAACAAGCCAUUAUUUUCUUGUCUUUGAAAAGGCACUAAGAAACCAUGGGCAAGACUUUCUUGUGGGCAAUCAGCUAAGCUGGGCCGAUAUACAGCUUCUUGAAGUCAUCUUACUGGCUGAGGAGUACAAAUCCAGUGUCCUCUCAGGCUUCCCUCUGCUACAGGAAUUCAAGACCAGAAUCAGCCACAUCCCCACAAUUAACAAAUUCCUCCAGCCUGGGAGCCAGAGGAAACCCCCACUGGAUGAAGAAUCCAUCCAGACUCCGAAGAACAUAUUCAAAUUUGAACAUGGCAUGUUUCUUAAAAUCAUGGGCACUAUAGUAGCUGAGUAUUAG